CUAAGUAUCAGAGAAGAAGACGGUUAGCACCGGCAUGACAGUUGCGCGAGUAGGUUAUGUUAAGUCAACAAACUUAUAUAUUAGUUUACCGAAUAGACCACUGAUUAUUAAUAGGACGGAUAUCAUUGAUGAAGUAGCAUUACAAUUGGUUGUUUUAUGUAACAUUCUGAACUGCCUUGUACCUUGUGUUUCGCGAUUUCAGCUUAGCCUGAUCUUAUGCAGUAGAGGGCGCUCGUGCUCAGUGUGUUCGCCUCCUUGAUAUCUGCGCCGGGCGCUGCUCACUCAGACCUGUGCGUUUGAGGAACCGCACAACUUCAGAAGAACUUGUUUAAGAAAAAAACAAAAAAGCAUUAUAGUAAGACCACGGGUCACCGAUUUUUUCUGGCGACGUGGACGCAGACAAGUGAAGAAUCGCAGAAAAGCGCAGCAUGGACGAUUUAGACGCAUUGCUGGCAGACCUGGAGUCAUCCACUGCUCAUAUCUCAAAGUGUCCAGUGUUUCUUCCAGAUGAGACACCUUACUCUUUUCCCAGUAGUGGAAGCCUGCUCCAGGAUGAUACUUGUGCUCCUCCCGUGCCCCCUUCUCCAUCUUCAGGGCCUUUGAACGGGUCUCUACAAAAACAAGCUGACUCCCACCACUCCUCACAACAGUUUCUUGGCUCAGCACAUAAAAGCACCUUGUCUCAAGAUAGCAGUAGUCCCCCACUACCUCAUACAGAAGAGGACCACGUCUACAGUUUUCCGAACAAGCAAAAGACACCAUCAGACUCCUCAGCAGCAGCCGCUAUGAGCUCUACACUGGGCAGCAACUUGUCUGAGCUGGACCGUCUGCUGCUUGAACUGAAUGCUGUUCAACAGAACACCCCAUCCUACACCAGCACAGAAGAUGCAGUUCCACCACUUCCUCCCUCCAGUUCUGCACACUAUAUUCAGGAAAAUGGGGCCCAAUCAGGUAUUUCCCCUGCUGCCAAGGACAAAUCUCACAGAAAUGGAACCAAAGGGCCAGAAGAGGGGCGGCCUACUGUUGAAAGCCUACUGAAUGAACUAGAGGGUUCUAUACCUGCCCCAAUCAGGCAUACCCCCUCUGGACUUCAGACAGAGGCGCAUUUGGAUGCAUCCUCUGAGCAACAGGGUCGGAUGUCAGCCACUUCAGCCACACGAGAGCUAGAUGAGCUCAUGGCCUGCUUAUCUGAUUUCAAGGUUCAGAGCAAUCCAAGCUCUUUGGGCUCUCUAAACUUUGAGCCACUGUUUGAUCAGUCCAUCAGCAUCCCUUCCAUUGCAACUCAUUCUUCUUCUGCCACAGUAGUCCCUACUGCAGUUUCUUCAACAUUAGGUUUCCCUUUAAAACCGAACCACUACUCUCCACUGCUCUCCUCUCCAGUACCCUUAGAGUUACAUAUAGUGGAAGAUUCCAAUGACACUGUUCUGCGGUACAGUGCCCUAAAAUCUGUCCCUCCGAUUCCCCAUCCAGACCCAGACAUUAGUGAUUCUGUCUGCAUGCUAAGCACUAAGCUGGAAUCACAAACCAUCACUACUACCUCUGACACCACCCUUGAUAAUCAACAGCAUAUCUCUGCCCAUGUAGAGAGUCUGUUUCCCAGCAGUGGGACAGAAUCACCUCCAGUUUUUUCUGUGCCUGUUGCAAAACCUCAAAUCCCAAUAAGUCAACCUGGAAAUGUAAUGAUCUCAAAUAAGGACAAUUCCUUCAUAAUUCAAGCUUAUAAUGAUGUAUGUCUUGUGAGCAGUCCAAAUUCUAUAUCUGCUGCUACAUGUCCUAUCUCUACAUCGGUACCUGCUAGUGAAUCACCCAACUUACAAGCCCUGUUGCAUGCUAAACCUUCUGUCAGCACAUCUCCCAUCACUUCUGCGUUGGAGCCUAAGACCUCAAGUCUUUCAGCAGAGCUGUCAGAUCAAGGCACUGUUAUAACAAAACAACUUCCUCCUAUUUGGGAUGCUCCAGCUCUAGAGCCUUCUUUUGAUCCUUUGGACAAUCUCCUCACCAUUAACUUCAGCAAGUCUCAGACUGAGGUCCAAAAUGUUGCUGCAUCAGUUUGUAAGAUGAAUUCAACAGAAAACCUAGAUGUGUUUGAGAAUACACUUGUUGCAGUGGACCGCAGUGUGGUGCAGCCAGACAUGCACACAGAGAGUGAAGCAGGGGAUGGACUUUUUGAAGACCAGUCCUACUGCAGGAGUAAACUUCUGGACUGGGCGGAUAUGGAGCUGAAGCUAGCACUUGAUGGAGCUGAUGGCUCCAUGACUGAAGCUAGCUGGAUGGAUGACUCCCUUACCCCAUCCUCAUGUCCUGGAACCCCAGAUGCCCAAACAAACCUGCCCUUGUUGCAUUCUGUCAGCACCACAGAUAGGAUUUCAGCAUCUGGACAUAUCAAAUCUGUGAUCAGACGUACAAAGGAAACGCCCAACGUCCAUCCCAUGUACAGGGAUGGUAUUAUUCGCAGGAAGAUGGGUCCAGUAAUCUUCCACAAAAGCAACUCUCAGGAUCGCCUCAUAGAAGAGCUACAAGGCAAGCUUGGAAUUCCUCGCAAGGAACGUCCCAAGAAACAACCAGAUGACUGGCUGACAGAGGGGGUCAUUGUAAUGUCAAAUCCUAAACGUUUGCGAGAUGACCACUGCAGUGAGGUGGAUAAGAAAAUUAUUCCCCCUGAGUCUCCUAUUCCUCAGAGAAAGGUGAUAUCCGCUCCCCAGUCCAGCUCCCUAGCCCCUCGCCUCCCACCCCCAGCCUUGGAACCAAAGGCCAGGCCUACAGUAAAAGCUGUCCCAGUUCCACCUCCCCCUCCUCCCACCCACUUUCCACCUAUUACUUUACCCUCUCAACUUCCUUGGGAAUCCAUACCUCCUCCCCAACUCCCUGUAGAAUGUGAGCCUCUUUUAGUCCCAGAAAAGUCGUCUAUUUCUGAGCCAGUAAAGCCUCCUCCAUUCCAGGAGCCUCCACCAACACAGCCUCCACCAACACAGCCUCCACCAACACAGCCUCCACCAACACAGCCUCCACCAACACAGCCUAUCCCCGUUGUUUCUUCAAAAAUUUUGGUGUCCGUGAGCUGCCAGACGGAGUGUGAUCCUUUCUUCCCGCUGAUGAAGAUCAUGAAUCAAGGAAAGGGUCCAAACACACAGGUCAAUAAACUAGACAACAUGCUGGGAAGCCUGCAGUCUGACUUACAUAAACUGGGCGUAAAGACUGUGGCCAAAGGAGUGUGUGGAGCUUGCUGCAAACCUAUUGUUGGCCAGGUAGUGACCGCCAUGGGCCGCACGUGGCAUCCAGAGCAUUUUGUGUGCUCUCACUGCCAGGAGGAGAUUGGUUCUAGAAACUUCUUUGAACGUGACGGACAGCCAUACUGUGAGAGGGACUACCAUCACCUCUUCUCACCUCGAUGCUACUACUGCAAUGGUCCCAUACUGGAUAAAGUAGUGACUGCUCUGGAUAGGACAUGGCACCCUGAACACUUUUUCUGCGCUCAGUGUGGGGCCUUCUUUGGUCCUGAGGGUUUUCAUGAGAAAGAUGGGAAGGCGUACUGCCGUAAAGAUUACUUUGACCUGUUUGCUCCUAAGUGCGGCGGCUGUGCCCGUGCUAUUUUGGAAAAUUAUAUAUCUGCUCUGAACAGCCUUUGGCACCCUGAGUGCUUUGUUUGUAGGGAGUGUUUUACCCCUUUCGUGAAUGGCAGUUUCUUUGAGCAUGAUGGGCAGCCAUAUUGUGAGGUUCACUACCAUGAACGACGUGGCUCUCUCUGCUCUGGCUGCCAGAAGCCGAUAACAGGCCGGUGCAUCACAGCUAUGGGGAAGAAGUUCCACCCUGAGCAUUUUGUCUGUGCCUUCUGCCUCAAGCAGCUCAACAAGGGCACUUUCAAGGAGCAGAACGACAAGCCAUACUGCCAUGGUUGCUUUGUCAAACUCUUCAGUUAAACUGAGUUGACAUGGUGUGUGCUUGCUUUGGGUCAGAGUGUAAUAUACAGCAAAAUCUGCAUAAGCCUGAUCUAAUAGGGGAAGAAAUUUAGAUUAAGAGUUGUUUUUUUUGGGGGGGGGGGGUUGCCAAUAUCAUCUCACUGGAAGUGUGUGAAAGAAUUACUUUUAGGAAUGUGGUGGUGUUCAUUUUUUUGAUCAGGUGACCUAUAAAAGCCUUUACACAAUUUAUGGUGUGAAAGGGAAAACGUCGCAGUUCCAAAAUGUUAUUACUAUUUGUAUAAUAAUAAUUGGUUGCCGGGUCAACAGUUUGUGCUAUGUGUUUAGCAUUUGCAAGAAACAAUUUAUAUUAUUGUGCUCAGUGCCUUGUUUUCUAUCAGAAAUUAUGAAAGAAUUAUACCAAAAAUAUUAGUUUAGUACCUGAUAUUUACAUGAAGACAUCCCUGUGGAGACUGAUGUUCUUGGUGUGCAAACAAUUACCAGCCUAAAACAAGCCAGCUAUUAUCACCCAUUUACAUUAAAUAAGAAUAUUGUGAACUUCAUAUUCGCUGAAGUAAAUGCCUGUAGACAUGGAAUUAUCCGACUUUUUUAGUGAGACUUUUGGUCCGUUUAUUCAGGGGACCAUAAGCGUUCAACAUUUAUUCUACACUCAUGUUGUUGAGGUCUCAAAAUCAAACAUCUCAAAAAUACUUAAUGUAGGUAAAUUUGCUUUAUAUUUUUUACUUUUUUUGACAUUUUAAUAACCACUUAUUCUCUUUAAUUUCUUCAGGCAAUCAUGGGUUGUUUAGCUAAGCAACAUUGUGAUUUCUUUCUCUUUAACAAAGUGUAUGGUUGGUUUAAAAAUAAGUAUGAUUGCCCAGACUUGUCUCUGGGACAUGUUAACUGCUGUAUCGUUUUAUAACCUUCUGAUAUUUUUUCCCUUUUUUUUUUUUUUGCCUGAAAGUCUUAAGUGUCUCUCGGACAUUUUAACAAAUGGAUUCUGAAAGAUGAUGUGUUACAAAUGUAAAACCAGCAGCUAACAGUCUUUCAUCUGUAUGCAUUAUCCUCUGGAAAUAAAUUUUUUUAUCACUGGAAUGAGGAUGCAUUUUAAACAUAUGGCCGCCUUUUUCUUACAUAAUUUAUAUAAAAGCACUUUUAAUGGAGAUGUAAUUAUCCAGAGAUCUUUCUUCUCUCAUUUUUAUCAUUCUGAGUGCUAGGUGCCAAGGUGAUUCAGUAGUCCAUAUGCCUAAGGCUAUUUAAAAAAUUGGUUUUAAUACCCCCACCCUCAUUUAUUUUUGCAUGUUUUUUUUUUGUUUUUUUUGGUCAAGAAGAGGGCUUUAAUUGUAUCUUUGUUCAUACUGUUACAGUCUAUUUCAGUAGGCCUUCAUUUAUUGUCUAUUUACCCAAUGGAAAUCUGCAGGUAUAUAUUUUUUCUGUUACUGUCAUUUUGUUCUGAGUCAUAGUAACUGACUGAUUUCAUAGUUAUCAAUAAAAUAUUUUGUUUUCAUGCA